AUGGUGCGCAGCACGGGCCCCCCGUCCGCCAGGUACCUGCCCUACCUCCACCUCACCAGUUUUGACUCGACUCAAAAGUCAACUCCCUAUCUCCACCUCACCAGUUUUGAGUCGACUCAAAAGUCAACUCCCUACCUCCACCUCACCAGUUUUGAGUCGACUCAAAAGUCAACUCCCUACCUCCACCUCACCAUUUCGACCAUUCCCUCCCUCCAUUUCCUCGUCCAGGCACUGGAGUACGACACGCCAGCCAACCUGGUGUUGAACGAAGGCAGCCCUAGAGUACGACACUCCCACCAACCUGGUAUUGAAAACAGCGUCUUUGCAGCAAUGGUGCGCAGCACGGGGCCUCAGACCGCCAAGUAUCUGCGCAGUGUGGCGCUGGGGGAGGUGGCGCUAGCAGACGAGCUUGCCGGCCGGGCGGCGGCACAGGAGAAGCAGAUGGCGCGCGAGGCGGCCAAGUGGCGGUGGGCCACUGCCGCCCAGUGGGCUCUCGCUCUCACACUCACGUCUUCCCAGAGGGACCUGCAGGUGGGUGCUCUAGAGGCCAUGUGCAGCGACAGCGAGAGGAAGGACAGGAAGAAGGACACGAGGCACCCUAACAUCGGUUCUCUAAUAACUCUGAUUCGCCCUGUGAGUUGUGUGCAGGCAAUGUGCAACGACAGCGAGGGGGAGGAAGGAGAGAACGGCGCACUUGUGGCCGUCACACAGCCGCCAACCUUCCAGAGAGGUGUGCUAGAAGAGACAAGGGAUGCCGCCCAGGUGCUGCAGGCAGUGCUUGGGGCAGCGCAGCGAGGAGAUCUCGUCAGCGCUGACGAGGCGACAGCUGUCGGAAGACAAGUGGUGGACGGCUGUCAGCCGCGUGGUGCAGGGGCUGGCCCUGAUGGCGAGGCAGGCCUAGCCCUGAUGGCGAAGCAGGUGCAGGCGAAGCUCGAGGCAGACGGCAGUCUGAGAGACUCUGCCAGCUCAGCAGGGGCGGUUGCGGGCGGCAGGUGGGCGCAGCUCGCAGCAACGGGGGAGGAGAUGGCGGGCGGCAGAGUGGUGUGA